CACUUUUGGAAGUAGUACUUUUGUAAUGCGUAAUAAGAACACAACAUGAAAAUAUAAACAGCUAUGUAUACUACAACAAAGUUAUAAAAAUUGAAAUGUUAAGGUUAGCUGGCUUCUUAUGUAUUUAGGUACGCAUGCAUUAAAAUCAUUAUUCGACGAUAAUUUUUGUCCUGUUAUUACUUGACGCGGGUUUAAAUUAUUCACUAGCAUAAGGCGUUAUGUAGUCAAAAUGGUAGUCCCCAGAUUGCUAGGUUGAGCUUCAAAUUUCUCUGUAAAAUAAUCCAGAUAAUCUCAACUUGAUAUCCACCUCGUAGCAUUUUUGACUUUCUGAAAUGACUGGUUCACGCCAAAUAUUUUUGUUCUUCGUUAUGUUGCACGUAAAAGUAGCAUAUCCGCAGAAUAUGGACACUUUGACUGAUUUGCUCCUUAGUCCGUCAAAUGAGGAAACAGUUUCCUAUCCACCAUUGAUACAACGCCGUUUGUUCAACACGUCUUACGCUACCACGAUUAGCCUUUUCUCCUUUUCCCUUCCUCGUAAAUCUACCCAUACGGAAACAGAUCUAGAUUUGGCAAAUCAGGCAAUUUUUGGUAUUUUUGCAAUCGUCGUUGCCACCGUGUUUCUCGCCCUGCCUGCAAUUUUUACAUCCGUCCGACAUCCCGAUCUCGCCGAGGCAGAUCGAAGUCUUGGGUCAAUAACAGAUAGCAAGCAUUCGCUGAAAAGGUUAAUGGAAUCUCCCACAAUUUUCAAUUUUAUGACAAAAACAUCCGACCUUUCCAACAAAAUUGGACUUGAUGGGACGAGUUGCAUUCAACGUGCAGUCUGUGAAUCGCAUCGGUUCCCAAAUAACAAGCAGUAUGGCUUGCUAGCUGUUCCAUUUCAACUUUUAUGUCCGCCGUCUUCAUCGUCAUCACAAAUUGAUAUGAGGAAGUUGGAAUUAUCGUCACCUUUCAAAAAGGCUGCGUGGACUGGGAAAUACUCUGACGUAAAAUGUGGGAAAGAGUAUCACUGCUUUUUUGAUCUUUUAGGACUUGGGUCAUACUUUGUGGAUUGGUAUUAUCAACAUGAACUAUGAAGACGAGUAUUAGCAUUAUUCGACAACUAAUAAAAACUGACGCAAACCAAGA